AUGCCUUUACCGUCUAUUACUGAGCUUUCUGAUGAUGAUGCUGGGGCUGGUUUAAGUGUUGCUGAGGGUUCUGUUGCUAGGGAGGCCGAGGAUCCACCGGCGCCGGAUCCACCAGCGCCGGUCCCAAAGGCAAAGGCUGGUGUCAAGAAGGACAAAACAGUGAAAACACCAAAGGCGAAGCCAGGUGACAAGCAGAAAACCGGUAGUUCUGCCCUGAAACGCCCUGCCGCCAGAACGCCGCCGUUGAAAAAACCGGCUGCUGCCGGCCCUGUGAAAGCCUACAAGUACAUGUACUACAAAGAGGGAAAGUAUGGCAUCAAAUACAACGGCCGCGAAGUGAUGACAGUGAAGCCCGCGGAUGGCAUUUCCCCUGACCAAUUGACUGAAAUUGCAGAGGAGGCUCGAAAGCAGAUUGAGAAGGGGCAAGACAAGACCACAGUGAUGGAGAUGGUGGACCAAAUGAAGCAGUCCUUGCUGCAGAAGGGCAAGGGUGCAGCUGACGCUGCUGAUGAAGAUCCGGAGAUGCUUCCCGAUGACAAUGAACAAGGCGAAGAAGAGGAAGCUGUUCAAGAUGAAGAGAUGGAGGAUGAUAGCAAAUAG